CUCAUCGUUCGCGACGAUACAAGGUGGAGCCAAGAGCUGCUGAGAAGGCUGGAUCACUCCAAGGAGGCCAUCCAUCUAGCACGCACACACUUUGUCAUGGCACAAGUCACCGAAGAGGCCCUACCGCCUGCUGCCCGCCUUCAAUUCAACGAACUUGCGCCGUACGCACCGAGUGCGUUCUUCAUCGGACCGGACGGCCAUGUUCGCCGUGAGCUCAUCAACAAGUUUGCUCCCGCCGAUCAGGACCCGGUUUACAAGUACUUCUACAAGACCGCAGCACCCCUCGUCCGCAUGAUGAAGGUGGUUAUCGACCAGGAGCGCAUCAGCACGCCCGCUACGGCAGGCCGCGAGGAGUUGUGA